UUUUCUUUCCCCAUCAGUUUGGGUGUGAAGGAACAUCAUGAAGUGGCUUCUGCUCCUGAGUUUGGUGGCGCUGUCUCAGUGCCUGGUGACAAAGGUCCCCCUGCAGAAGCGGAAAUCCCUGAGGCAGAACCUGAAGGAACAUGGCUUGCUGGAGGAUUUCCUCAAGAAACACCCUUACAACCCGGCCUCUAAGUAUUUCCCCAGCUUGGGAGACCAGUUUGCUACUGAGCCCCUGACGAACUACAUGGACAUCGAGUACUGUGGAACCAUCUCUAUCGGCACCCCAGCCCAGGACUUCACUGUCCUCUUCGACACCGGCUCCUCCAACCUGUGGGUGCCCUCCGUGUACUGCUCCAGUGCCGCCUGCUCAAACCACAACCGCUUCAACCCAUCAGCCUCCUCCACCUACCAGGCCACCAAUCAGAAUGUCUCCAUCCAGUACGGCACUGGCAGCAUGACUGGAAUCCUGGGCUACGACACCGUCCAGGUUGGAGGCCUCGUGGACACCAACCAGAUCUUUGGCCUGAGCGAAACUGAGCCCGGCUCUUUCCUCUACUACUCUCCCUUUGAUGGGAUCUUGGGUCUGGCCUACCCCAGCAUCUCCUCCUCCGGAGCCACCCCCGUCUUUGACAACAUGAUGAGCGAGGGCUUGGUGUCCCAGGACCUCUUCUCCGUCUACCUGAGCUCAGAUGACCAAAGUGGGAGCUUUGUGAUGUUCGGCGGCAUCGACUCAUCUUACUACUCUGGGAACCUCAACUGGAUCCCUCUGUCUGCGGAGUCUUACUGGCAAAUCACCCUGGACAGCAUCACCAUGAAUGGACAGGCCAUCGCUUGCUCCAGUGGCUGCCAGGCUAUCAUUGACACCGGCACGUCUCUGCUGGCUGGGCCCACCACUGGCAUCUCCAACAUCGACUACUACAUCGGCGCCAGCAAUGGCGCGGUCAGCUGCAGCGCCAUGAGCAGCCUGCCCGAAAUCAUCUUCAACAUCAACGGGAACGCGUUCCCUGUGCCCGCCAGCGCCUACAUCCUCAACAGCUCUGGCUCUUGCUCGUCAGGCUUUGAAGGCCUCAACCUCCCCACCGCCUCCGGAGAGCUCUGGAUCCUCGGGGACAUUUUCAUCCGCCUGUACUACGCUGUCUUCGACAGAGCCAACAACCAAGUGGGUCUGGCCCCCGUGGCAUGAUCACGGUGCCGUGCCCGGGACCCUGCCGUGGAAUGCAGCGCCCCGAGAGUCUCCGUUUCUCCAGCGCCCCGACAACGUGCAUUGGGCUAAUGAGCCCCAAUGCUGCUGGGACGGAACAGACACAUGCUAGUCCCCUUCCCUCCCUCAUCCUCUUUCCUCUAGGACAGUAGAAUAAAGGACAAGAUGAG